UCCAGGAAUAAGAACGCGGAGACGGUAACAAUUUUCGGACCGUUAUUGUUCCCUCACUUUUACAACAAAAUAAUAGAUUUUUUUCAACGUUUUUGUAACAAACGGGAAUAAUGGGCCGUGAAAGUGACAGAGAAGGCAGUGAGUGUCGUGAAAAUGGCUCUCAACAUUCAAGAGAGAAGAGUGCAUCCCCACGCAGAUCAUCUAAACAGAGGGAGGGAAGAAAGUCUAAAUCACGUAGUCAUACACCUCACUCCCAUUCAAGAUCUAGGUCAUACUCAAGGUCAAGAAGUCAUUCACGGUCUCGGAAACAUCGUAACUAUAAAUCAAGAUCAAGAUCUCGAACACCAAAGAGGAGAAGAUACUCAAGAAGUAGAAGGAGCCGCAGCAGAUCUCCAAUGUCAAGCCGACGAAGACACCAUGGAAAUCGGGAGAAUCCAGAGCCUUCUCGGUGUAUUGGUGUUUUUGGUUUGAGUCUGUAUACACAAGAGAGAGAUUUGAAAGAAGUAUUUUCUAAGUAUGGUCCAGUGGAAGAAGUUCAAGUAGUAUAUGAUGCCCAGAGUGGGAGAUCCCGUGGAUUUGCUUUUGUCUAUUUUGAGUCUGUUGAAGAUGCUGAAGAAGCUAAAGAAAGAUGCAAUGGGUUAGAAAUUGAUGGAAGAAAGAUAAGAGUAGACUAUUCUAUCACAAAAAGAGCUCAUACCCCAACCCCAGGAAUAUAUAUGGGCAAACCUACCUUUCCAAAACAUAAUGGUAACUAUCGAGGACGCUCUCCAUCACCGAACUACCGUGGGCGCAGAUAUUCACGUUCAAGAUCCCGUUCGUAUUCACCUCGUAAGUACUACUACUAGGACCUGAGAGUGGAGUAAGGCACAGAUCCAAGUGUAGUAACCACGUGUCAACCUGUUAUGGAGUUUUGUAUAUAAAUGUUUUUUUUUCCUCUUGUUCAUUCAUGCUGAUGAUGCAUUAAUGGAAAGGAUUAUAAGUAAUAUUUUCAUGUUUCUAGUUUCCAUUUUAUCCACUUUUUGAUAGAAUUGUUAUUAUAGUUCAUAUUACAAGUACUUUAAAAGCUUAAGCUAACUUUUUGAAGUGCUGUGUUCAUAUAAAAAAAAAGCUUUAGAAUUGCAUUGUGUUUGAGUUAUUUUCAAAUUUAUUAAUUUUAAACCUUCGGAAGUAGUUUGUAUUGUGGAAAUGUACUUUGAACAUGAUGUGUGUUACUAUGAUUUCUUCAUUACAUCAAAAUGAUACUGUUAUUGAAUGAAUAUAUGUUAACAUGAAUAGAUUAAAAAUAACAGUGUAAGAAAUAGAAGAAGCAGUGAUACACAUGCUAUAUUAUACUCUUGUGAUACAAACAAAUUAAGGAACAACGUACUUGCUAUUCAUUAUUUCUAUACUAUUUUAAUAACUAGAUAUAAUUGUGUUAAUGACUACUACACCAUAGAUUGGCUGUUAGUAUUGUGUGUAGCUGCUUUUUCACAAGUAAGUAAUGAAACAAAUAUUUUAAAAAAGCACUGUACAAAAUUAUCAAGAAGCACUGUUAGGAUUCCAAAUUUUGAAUUUCUUCUUGACCUGUGUAUUAUGUAGAAAAAUAAAGAAAUUAAUUUCAUAUCUGAAGUUACUUUUAGCUAAUUCUAUUUAGCUAUAAGGUUUCUUAGUUAUUUUGCACUACGUCAGACAGUUCCAAAUAUCGAAUAAGUAAUUGUUCAGUGGAAAGGAAACACAUUAUUAUUAACUGAAAAGCAACAGAUAAAUAUUUGAAACCUUUGGGGAAUUAUAUUUUUUUUAAUAUACAUUAAAUACAUAAUUUGUUCAUUGCUUGUUGUUUAGAAAGUUUAAUAAUGAAUGAAGGUAAUUUUAGUGUGUGUCUGAUGAAAAAAAACAUACUAAAUCUUAUGGAAGAUAGUGGCAUGUCAAAGCACAAGCUGAUAAGCUUGACUGUGUAUGCUUUUAAAAAGUUGAGGAGAAGGCUGUAUUCGAGACUUUAAAGAAGCAUAUAGUGUUAACUGUUACUUUGUAGGUUGUAGAUGUUUUUACUUUUAUGAAAACAUGCAUUCCUAGCUAAAGCCUUGUUUCUUUUGGCUAUGGAUGUUAUGAUUCUGUUGAGAAUCCUUUUGUGUUUGAAUGUUAGCAUGACCUGAGUAACAAAUAAGAUAUUCUAUGUUUUUAAAAAUUACUAUUUAUAGAGAAUUUAAUGUUUUUACCUUUCAGUUUAUUUUUUCUAGCUUGCAACAGUUCAAAGGGAAAAAAUAGAAAACCAUUUUUCAUAUCAAGUGAAAAAUUAUCAACGAGAUAUGUCAAUAAAUAUUUUUUUUAAUUGUAAAAAUUUGCAGAAUCCUUCUGAAACAACAGUUAAGAAAUCAAUUAUAAUUAUCCCGAAUUGAAUGGAUAAUAACUGUUCAUAUUAAUAUCCAGACAUUUGUAGCAAAUUUGUUUCUGUGCAAACAUUGUAUACAUGUGAAGCCAUUAUGAUACUGGUGUAAUCAAAGUGAAUCAUUAACCUUGGUUGCUUUUUCUUAAUGAUCCAAUUAGUUAACAGAAUUAUUUUUUAUUUAGGUCAUUUUGAGUUAAGUACAAAAUGCUAUGUACUGAUCCAAGUUUCACUAUUAGACUGAUAUUGUAGCAUUGUAUAAUUUGUUUUCACUUGACAAGAUUUUUUUUUUGAAAGACUACCAAAUAUGUACUGCAAAAUGUUGAAAGUUCAAAAGUUUCAGAGGAGUACAUUGUAAUGUGCUUGGUAUAGCAAUCCUACAUGUGUAAGUAACUAGUACAGUGUGUGGCAUAUCCAUUGUGUAUGAUUUGAAUAAAGAUUUCAUUCUUCUCUCUAA